CGUCAUGUUCGCGCGUAAAACCAACUCGGGCGGGCGGUGUACUCGAAUGCGGCAUACAAGCAAAGAUGGCUGCGCCCAUAUUGGACGUCUUCCUCAACCAGAGCAUGGUUGCGUUCCUUGACAAGGACAGGACCGUGCCUUACCAGCCCACAGACGGCUGCAUUGGGGAUGAGGGCACCGGGAUGGCUACCAACCUACACCCUGCAGAUUGCUCUUGCACGGAUACCUGCAAUAUCAAGCCAACUGCACCACUGCCGGUGAAUGAGGGUUUUACCAAAGCUCAGACACACUUCCUCAUCCACCUGAUGAAGGUCCACCUUGAGGUAGAGGGCGGGAUACCUGUAAAGUCCCUCGAUGACCUCAACCGGCGGCUGAGGCUGGGCAAGAAGCCAAAGAAGCUGCUGUGGGAGGAGAUGACUGGGAAGCUUGCCGGACAGUUCAAGGAGGACUUCCAGACCGACAAGGUGGCGCGCAAGUGGUUGACGCUGGUGGAGAGAUAUGAGAAAGUCAAGCAGAAGAACGUGUUGAAAGAAAAGAGGCCUUUCCGCUUCCAAUUCUACAGGGAGAUGGACGAGCUGCUUGGGGGAGACAAUGACGUGGAGCCACCUGGUGUGAAGAGCGAUUGUGCUGGGGUGGUGACAGGCAUACCCGGUGCACUGAGGCAGUCCAACGGUGCUCCCUCACCAGCGUUAUCAGACGGGGCUCCCUCAGCUGGGCCUUCCAGCACCACAGUGUUGCCACCUCCGGGUCGAGCCCCCACCGGACCCUCUGACACCCUGAGGUUGCGGAACCGGAAGAGGAUGAAUGACCUGAGGGACAUGACGGAGGAUGACCUCUUGGCCUAUCUUGAGAGGUCAGAUGCUGCUGCCACGGCUGCUUCCCAGAGGCGGCACGAAGACACCCUGAGCGAGAUGAGGGCGCUGAGGGAGGAUCAGAGGGAGCUCCUCCAGUUGUUCAGCAGGAUGGUGGACAAGAUGUGAGACGGGACGACAACGGUCACAAACCUUCAAAGGAGACUUGUCUCCUUUUCUAUUUUUUUAAGUCUUUUAUUUGCACUCUCAAAUCUUAUAUAAAAUUUUACUAUUUUUACUGUGUACUUUUUUAUUAUUGGGUCGAAUCUAAACGUCAACAUCACUUCUAUUGGAAUACUUCCGGAACCACACUAAAUCCCAUUAAUUUUCUCCAUUCGAUUUAGAUUAAAAGCCAUUAUGUCGUAACCAUCCAAAGUAUACUGACAACGCGACAUUAGAUUGUGAAACGAUGGUAUAUGCUCCUGCAUAAGCCACAAGUUAAAGACGUUAGGAUCUAGGUUUUAGAAAAACACGUGGUCAUUUGAAACCACUUACUACUACACUACCCACAAUCCUAAAGUGUAGCAUGUCUUUGAUUGGAGCUUGCUGUUACCAGGGAAACGUUUACCCUCGAAAGGCAAGUCGUCGGACAGCUACCACUGAAAUAGAUUGCUUAGCAAAGCAACCAUGAUUUCCCUUUGAUUAAUGGAAGGUUAGAGAGUUGCAAGAGCUGUAGAGGAAAUUGGCUGUACAUGUUAAAAAAAUAUUUAAAUAUAUGAUAUAGCACUUUGGUAAUUUUGGUAGCAUAAAAGCAGAAUACAUAAUGUUGAAUGAAUACAAGACUGAAUUCACAUGAGUAACGUUAUUACGCUGUGACUGCAGUCGGAAACGUACCAUGUCGAAGACAAUGCUAUACACUUCUAUGAAACACUACAUAGACCAAACAUACAUCCACAUAGAAAAUAUGACAAUAAAAAACAACAAUAUAAUAACAAAGGUUACGAGAUUUAAGAAACCCGCUAAAUGAUUGGGUUGUAACCAUUGCGAACAAUGGUUUAUGGGAUGAGUAGUUCUUGCACUCAUUCCAAAAAAUAAUGCAUUCAGUCUUGUACCUUUUUCUUUUCUGUUUUCCAAAUUCAUUUUUGCCACAAAUCAAACGUUUCAUGCUCACGACUACCUCGAUGAACGAUGGCUUGGUUCCAGGCUUAAAAGUUUUUAUAAAACAAUUUUACAAAAAGUAAAUGGUGAAAAUGAAUGGGAAAUGUACUUCCGGAACCAGAGCUGUUAAAAAAGGGGGCGGUCACCGUUGUGUAAAUUGACUGAUGUUUUUGAAAGUAAUUAUAACCCCAUCAAUUUUUUUUCAAAGACAGCCCAAAUUGUAUGCACACAACAAAUGCACAUUUUACCAUGCUAACGUGAAACUGAGGGGGUAAAAUCAUGUUAAAAUCCCCCGUUCGUCACGGCGCGGGCUAGACGUCUUUAGAAUAAUUUGCAUGCUCACAAAUGUUAAAAAAAAAUUAUGAAUGGAGGCAACUGAAUGCAAGAAUGACUUCACAGCUGAGUGUAGACUACAAAUGCGAUUAACUAUUUAGGCUACUGACCACUUGUUUUUUAACCCAACAAAAGCCUCGAAAGAAAUGUUCCUCUGCGUCUUUCGUAGAUCGCACCAUCUUUCCCCGUCCUGCGUCUUUCGUAGAUCGCACCAUCUUUCCCCAUCACCCCUGAGAGAGAAGGUGACUGCGUCACCUUCUCUCUCACAUUAUCAGCAACUUGCGGAUUUCACCGUCUUUCCAGUUAGAACUCCUCACUACUGAUAUCGCUGCGUUGUGUCUGUUCUAGAGUAAAGUCACCGUAAAUCAAUGAGAUCAAUGGAAAAUAUACGAAGCCGUUAAACUGUGAUUCUGAAAAAUGUAUAAAUUAUAUCAAUUAUCUUUUAUGACAUAUUUUGUGUUGAUUUGUUAAACAUUUGUACGGAAGUCAAUGGUUGAGAAUUUACCAAGUUACGAAGUCUGAAGUAGUUGAGGUGUCGGAGAAUGGGCGGACGGCUUCGCCCUCUGCCAAUUGACUUCCAUUGUAAAAAACAAAAUCUGAAAGGAAGUGCGAUUCCAAGCUAAUCUGAACAUUGGAAUGGAGUCCCUAGGUGAAAAAACUUUGAUUUCCCCCGUGUGGACCAACUUAGUUAUGCUACAUUUUUGUGUGAGACUUGUUUGUUCAUGCUUAUUACCGGUAGUACGUUUUGGGUUGUAAUUUUGCUUCCCAUCAAGAUGUUUUCCAUCGAGGCCAAGGAAAAGAGGUUAGGAAAGGACAUAGGACAUCAUUUUGUGACUAUCCAGUCGCAGCCUUUCUUCCUAGGAGCUCGGUGUAGUCCCAGUACACGGUUCCCGGAGCAAGAAGAAGGGAAGAAGUUGUCGAUAUUUUAUUAGAAAACUUUUAUUGGCGAAAACCCGACAAAAUGUUUUUCAUCACACAAGACUGACUACAUUCCUAUCCUAUCACACUGUAAUAUAAAAUCUUUCUCGAUGGAGAUCUAUGCAAAUAGAUAUUUAGAAUGCAGUAACCAGUCAUACCAGUUCAAACACCUCGUCUCUAGCAAAUGUACAAAUGAGUGUUGGUUAACAUUGUUAACUAGUUCGUUUUUUUUUUUUAAGUAUGGCUGCAGGGUGCAGGCCUCAGUGGCAGCGACCAGUAAGGUCGUAAAUUGCGACCAACUGAAUACCCCGACCUCUCUCAAUUUAGGAGAUCUAUGGUGGACUAUGUUGGCAUGUCAGGGGCUAGGAGGUAGCCUACUUCCAACACGCGGUCAUUGUCAGAGUACAGUAGAAACAUGGUGUUGCACAAUCCUUGGUAGAAGACCAGUUCCCCGUGUAUAAAGGCUCAUUCUAAGGUUUUGAAAACACAACCAUUCAGAUUUUCAUGGGAUUAUACAGUAAUUCAACAAUCUCUGAUAUAUUAUUUUAUUUUAUAAAUUUCUACAAAAUCUGGUCACAGAAUUGUACUCUUUAUGGUUUACUACAACCCUGACUUCAGUAGUGUUCUCAACAGCAACUAUAAUUCAUUGUUAAACAAUAAACAUUUACAAUUAAUCAAAAUGUGUAUGCAUGUAAAAAACGUAUUUCCAAAUCUUUAUAUACAAUUAUAAAAAAAAGUAUAUGCUAUUAAAAAAUCACAGAUCCUUCUUUUAGUUAAUUAUAAAAAUAUAUUAUUUGUUAAAGGAGCUAUAUGUUACAAAUGUACUGUACUCCAUCAUACAAUGACCAUGAUAUGCAUCAGAGAUAAAGGAAACAUGUAAAUCCAAGUACUGGCUUUUCCAACUGGAUCAACUGAGACUAUACUGGAAUCUACCACACCUAAAAAGACUCGGCCUCUUUCCAAGAAGCCCCAUGACAACAGCUUGACAACACAUUUGACAGAUGGAGACAACUUAGAAGCCGAGAAGGUUUUCAAGACGGAUGCCACAUAAACUGGUUUAUAAUUUGCAAACAAUAAAUAAAUGAAACACGUAUCCAUUAGCGGAUCACCUUCCAGUGUAGGACUCGUCGUUGCUUGUCAUUGUCAAAGAAUAAUGUAGCGCUUGGCUCGUCUUGCUCUUGUGUGUUCAGUGUCCCUGAACACACCACCUUGCAAUCGGCGUGAGCUCAAAUAGGAUGAAUUGGGACUGUACUUCUAAUUGAACGGCUUGAUGUUUAGGUUACAUAUUGUACCUUUAAAAAGGUGCUGUAGGAACGUUUUAAGGGUGCACUCACACUAGGCCAUCUGGCCGUGGCCUUGGCCGUUUUCACACCUAACCGUGCUCAAAUCUGCCAGUGUGAAGGGUGCACUCACACUAGGCCAUCUGGCCGUGGCCGUUGGCCGUUUUCACACACUAUCUGAGCUAUGAUUUUUGUGCAAAUUGUUACAAAUGGCCUGGCCUUCUCUGUAAGAAUACCUGUUUCGAGUUCAUGCGCCUGCACUAAAAAGCUUCCAGAUCAUUUCUGAUCUAUAAGGUCAUCCAUUUCCUGAUUGGUUAAGAUAAUCCAUCCUGCAUGUCAAUCACAGCUAUGUGAAUUGCAACACUUGCAACAAGGAGAAGAGAAGGAGGGGACUUCUUUCGGUAUUUUAAUUUCUAAAUGAUGCUCUCUUCAGCUCUCUUUCGUUACAACUCACUUAAUACCUACUGCACCUUCAAAAGAAAACAAUUAACACGAUUAUGUGAAAACUUGAUACCAUAUUCCAAACUUCGAUGUUUAACAACUUAAAAUAUGAAAAGUCUAGAACAACAUUGCAUUUUCUUUCAUCAUUUAAAAUUGGCAAGAACAGAAAACCGUUAGUAAUCACAUAUUCUGUAAAAAGAUAGACACCAAUCCAAUUAUAAUAAAUAAAACAUUUAAUUAAAUGAAUAUGUCUUGGAGAGAAAUCACAAUUUGUAAAAUCCCAUCUCAUCUCAUCAAAUCACACCUCAUCCAAUCACAGCUAAUCCAAUCCGCUGCGAGAUAGAAAGUCCUCGAGUGCGCUCAGUCGCUCCACCAGCCUCACAUCAGCAUCCUCCUCCUCAUCGCCAGUCAGGCCCCCGUUGGCACGGCAACGCCUGCGAGUCACUGCUGACGAGCGCAUGGAUGACGUCAGCAGAGCCGUGGAGAUGAGUCCACUUCCAGCUGAGAGAGGGACAGAGAGAGAGAGAUAAGGUUGAGAGACCGAGAAGGAUUUGAGAGGUCAGCGGCAGAAACAUAAAUAAUAGAGGGAGCUAGAAACAGAGCGAUAGAAAGAUACAGCUAGAAAGAUAGUGAUAACGAGAUAGAGACAAAGAAAGAUAGACAUAGGGAGAUAGAGACGCACACUAUCGAUAGAUAAACUGUGUGAGACAGACUCAUCCUGGUGCUGAAUGUGUUGAAUGCAUCAGCGUGUGUUUUCCAGCAUACGUUUUAUGUGGGUGUCUGUCCAAAUUCCCAAACGGCCCGACAAUUUGCUGCUAGUCUUGGAGUUACCGCUAAUCAAACAAUAAUUCCAAUAAUGCGUGCGGCUGAGCGGGUGCCUGUUACGUCCAAAGA